AACAGCAAUUAGAAAUAUUUGAACCAACGCCAUAUGAUACUCGCAAAGUUGUAGUAGCGACGAACAUUGCUGAGGCUUCUAUUACCCUUGAAGGUAUUGUGUACGUUGUUGAUUGUGGAUUUGCAAAAUUGCGAGCCUAUAAUCCGAAAACUGGAAUGGAAAGCCUUGUUGUGUGUCCAAUUUCUAAGGCAUCAGCUCAACAAAGGGCUGGGCGUGCAGGAAGAGUUAGAUCUGGUAAAACAUACAGAUUAUAUACUGAAGAUUUGUUCUAUAAUUUAGAGGAUUCUAGUAUCCCAGAGAUUCAACGAAGUAAUCUUGCGCAAGUUGUGCUCCAUUUAAAAGCUUUGGGCAUUGACAACGUGUUAAGAUUUGAUUUCUUGACACCUCCACCUGCGGAAUUGAUGAUACGCUCAUUGGAGUUAUUAUAUUCUUUAAAAGCAUUGGAUGAUCAUGGACGAUUAACAAUGCCUUUAGGAAUGCAGCUAGCGGAGUUUCCAGUCGACCCAAUGCUUGGAAAAAUUUUACUAGAUUCAUAUAAAUUUCAAUGUGGUGAAGAAAUGCUUACCAUAGCCGCCAUGUUAUCUGUUCAGGAUGUGUUUAUCAUUCCUUCAAAUUCAGACACUGAUGUGAAUGAGGAGAAAAGGAAGUUUGCUGUAGAAGAAGGAGAUCAUCUAACAUUACUGAAUGUAUUCAAUGCUUUUGUUACUCGUGGCAAAAAGUCAGCAAGGUGGUGCCACGAACACUGCUUAAACUUUCGUGCACUCUCGCGAGCAUUAUCUAUUCGUCAGCACUUAAAGAAGUAUCUCGUCAGAUUCGAAGUACCACUUGAAUCAUGUGGUAACGAUACAGUUAAAAUAAGAAAAUGUCUUAUUAGUGGCUACUUUUCUCAGGCUGCCAAAAUGAUGCCAGAUGGGUCUUUCAGGACUAUUAGGGAUAAUGUUGUCUUAUAUGUUCAUCCAUCUUCAGUUCUUUUUACGCGGAAUGCCCCAUGGGUCAUUUUUCACGAAGUUGUAGAAACAACCAAAGCUUUUAUGCGAGAUCUUACAGUGAUCGAUCCGACUUGGUUGGCAGAACUAGCGCCUCAUUUUUAUGAAUUCAAAAAAUCUUCCGAGAAAUGA